CCUCUUCGCAUCUGACCUGCAGCGAUGGGAGGAGAUCGUACAACAAAACACAUUUCCGGGGCCACGGUUAUGUACGCGUGACAUUGAAUCCAUUUGUUGGGUAUCUGCACGCCGUCGAAUAUUUUAAACACCGUUCUUUCUCCUGACUUGUACCCACUUUUGUGUCUCCUCCCGUGUCUGUCCGUCUUGAUUGCUUGCGCCAUCAACCUAGCAUACAUACAUACCUGUGCAUGCACCACCGAACCACUACAUAGAAACCAACCUCAUAACAUGGCUUCCAUCGUCAAGCAGCUCAAGAUCUCCAACGAAGAAGAAGAAUGUAUUUUGGCCAUGAAAUUGGCCCGCAUCUCCGCCCUCCCGAUGGUCUUGAAAGCAGCAGUAGAGCUCGACCUACUAGAGAUUAUAGCGAAAGCUGGCCCAGGGGCCCACCUCUCCCCUUCCCAGAUUGCCGCUCAUCUGCCCACAAAGAAUUCAGAGGCCCCCACAAUGGUCGAUCGCAUCCUACGCCUUCUGGCUAGCUAUUCAGUUCUGACAUGCACUCUUCAAACACACGAGGAGGGCUGCUCUGAGACACUCUAUGGUUUGGCACCUGUGUGUAAGUUCCUCGUUCGGAAUGAAGAUGGUGUUUCCAUGGCCCCCUUUGCAGUUAUGAUCCAGGACAAGGUUUUCAUGGAAUCUUGGCACCACUUGAAAGACGCAGUUAUGCAAGGAGGAGUCCCUUUCGACAGGGCAUUUGGAAUGAAUGCGUUUGAGUACCCCGGGACAGAUGCCAGAUUUAAUAAAGUCUUCAACACAGGCAUGCUGAGUCAUUCCAUGCUAAUCGUGAAGAAGAUUUUGGAGACAUACAAAGGUUUUGAAGGACUGAAUUCGGUUGUUGACAUCGGAGGUGGAAUUGGAGUCACGCUUAAUAUGAUAAUUUCCAAGUAUCCCCAAAUAAAGGGAAUAAAUUUCGAUUUGCCGCAUGUUGUUGUCGAUGCACCUGCUUAUUUUGGUGUGGAACAUAUUGGUGGAGAUAUGUUUGCAAGCGUCCCUAGUGGGGAUGCCAUUUUCAUGAAGUGGAUACUGCACGAUUGGAGCGACGAACAUUGCUUGAAACUUUUGAAGAACUGCUACAAUGCACUUCCGGACCACGGCAAGGUGAUUGUCGCCGAAUAUAUUCUUCCAUCGGCCCCGGAUACCAAUGUAGCCGCACAGUGCACUUUCCAGUUAGAUAUGCUUAUGCUGGCUUUUAAUCCAGGAGGAAAAGAGAGGAAUGAGAAGGAGUUUGAAGCAUUGGCAAAGGGAGCCGGAUUUUCUGGAAUUCGAGUGUUGUGCAGUGCUUAUAACAUCUGGGUCAUGGAAUUUUACAAAGUGAUGUAGUUUUUACUACAUAGGUACUCUUUUAUUGUUCUGGAACUCUCAUGACAUUUGUAUGGUUUUCUUACUUGCGUAAUUCAUAAAGGGAGACCAAGAACGUAAGGGCUUGUUC